AUGGAUCGUCUAUGCGCUGAAGCUCUACGAGAUUAUCAGAGAGUAUUAUUCGGCCUGGAUCGUCACGAAGUCGCUCCAGCGCUUUUUCGUGCCGAUAUGUCAACUCGAAGUCUUUUCGACACUUCGCCCUUGUUCCCGAUGUUGGAUCAACCAAAACCGCAGCAUUCCUACAUCGGACUCAUAGCUAUGGCAAUCCUCUCCUCGCCAGAAAAGAAAAUGGUCCUUAGUGAAGUGUAUGAAUGGAUAAUGAUACACUACCCCUACUUCCGCACACGUGGUUCAGGUUGGAGAAACAGCAUUAGGCACAAUCUUAGCCUAAAUGAUUGUUUUGUUAAAGCUGGAAGAGCUGCGAAUGGAAAGGGUCAUUACUGGGCAGUACAUCCGGCUUGUCUUCGUGAUUUUGAACGAGGUUCGUAG